UGAAGAGUGAGAAACAGAAGGUCGCAACUAGAGAUGAGAGUGACGAACGAAUUUUAACGAGUCGUGAUUUGAUUUACGAGUGUGUGAGCGAGCAAGAACGAGGAUGUGGAUGGUUAGCAAGAUCCAUUUACACUUUUUCGAUUUCGGUGCAGAGUAGAAGUCUUCGUCACAUAAGAACUUUUAUCAGUGACUACCAUCAGGGACAUUGUGUUUCAGUGUUUUCAGCAUCUAUUUCUAUAUCAGUUGGAGUAAGUCUACGACUUCUAGUCCCCUUCCUUAUUCAUUUUUAUCAAUAUCUGGCCCGGGCUUUCGCUCUCGGCUUUGUAUUUGUUGUUUUGGAGAAGCAGAAGACACUGCAAAAAAGUCUUUAUUCAUGUACCGUUGAGUUUAAGUUUCUUUUCUUAUUCUUGUCCAACUUGUUGGUCGCAAAACUGAAAUUUUAUGGCUCCUCUCAAAUUUUCAUCCUCUUGCUUAUCUUGAAGAGUGGCAUUAUAACGAGCUUGUCGAAGUUCUCAAGUUAUUUUCAAACAGUCCGAUAUCAACAAAGAAAGAUGAGCAGAAAUAGCCCAACACGAGUGCAUCCGUACGCGCGUGUGGAUGCGCCCAGUGCAAGCACAUCAACGUUCCCUGCCACCGCGUCCUCUUCUUUCGCGACGACUUGUGUCUCCGCGGCUGCCACCGGCAUGGUCACAACAUAUGGUGCGUCGUCGUCGUCGUCGAAGACUCAGCUGACGCCGUUUCAGGAAGAAAUUCUGCGAGGCAUUCCUCAGGAUGAUCUGCCAUCGAAGGCGGGCGCGCCGGAUCCUACAAUCUCGCACGCCCCGAAGCGGAAGGAAAUCCUGAACAACCGAGACAAGCAGUUGGCGCUGAAAAAUGCCUUGCGCUACUUUGCACCAAAGUUCCAUGCUGAGUUAGCACCCGAAUUCGCAGCGGAGCUCCAAGAGUAUGGUCGGAUUUACAUGUACCGCUUCCGCCCGACCUAUGCAAUGCACGCAAGACCCAUCAGCGAAUAUCCAGGAAAAAGCAUGCAGGUACUUAUCUAUAUUUGGACUUCCUUGUGGUUGUGGUAGGUAUGAUCUUGGUGUUGUUCGUAUUACAGAUGCCUAAUACAUAGCUAGGUGAGCAUGGUCAUGCAGAAGAGGUAUUUGCUGCAUGCUACCCCACACAGGCUCGCGGCAUCAUGUUGAUGAUCCAGAACAAUUUGGAUCCUCGCGUAGCUCAGCAUCCUCAUGAGUUGAUCACGUAUGGUGGAAACGGUGCUGUUUUUCAAAAUUGGGCCCAGUACCUCUUGACCAUGCAGUACUUAGCGCAAAUGACAGACACGCAAACUCUAGCCAUGUACAGUGGGCACCCGCACGGGCUCUUCCCCAGUUCGACGGAGGCGCCAAGAGUCGUCGUCACGAACGGCAUGGUCAUCCCGAAUUAUUCCAAGCCGGAUGACUACGAAAGGUACUGAAAAACUUGACUAUUCUUUUGAUUGUCAUUGGGGCCCUCGAUAGAAAAGACUCAGAUGAAGGAAAUAAACAAAAACUAAUGGAAACUUAAUAAACAAUAUUAGUCUCCAGUAUCCCGCGUAAGCAGAUUAGCAGGGACGAGAAUGAGAAAACAGCGAAGAUUUCUAUAUUUAUAUGUUCCAGGGCGCGGGGCGACGAUGCUCCCCCCUAGACCAGAGACCAGACCACAGGGGGGGAGGGGGGAGGCCUUCCGCUGCCGGUGCACUGCUGCGGCGGCGAAGCCUAACGGAUGCACCUACGGCACAAGCAGGCACCUUGGCGGGGACGCAGGCGGUCCCUUGGGCCCCUUUUGAAGCCUCCCACCACCAUCGGAGGCCCCUAGCGAACAGCCAGGCAGCUGGAAGGGAGCGGAGGGGGGGCCACGGGGCCCCCUUUUGAGGCCUUCCACCCCCGGCAGACGCCUUCAAAAGGGGCCCAGGGCGAACGGUAUCCCCCCCGCCCUGGAGCGUAUGCUAUAUGUCUUAGGGCUGCGCGGUCCCCCCCCUGUUGUAUGGUCUGCGGUGGCGCUCGCGUGCUCUUUUCCGCGCUGAUUUUCGCGGAUUUUAGUGCUGGAAGGCGUCAAAACUGGGCGCGGGCGUCCCCUUGCGCCUCUCUGCAGGUCUCUCAGGGACCUCCUGGCCCCUGCUGACCCGCGCAGGCAGCUGGAGGCUUCUGGGGUGGAAGGCCGGCGACGGUCUCAAGAGCAGCAAGCAAGCCGAUGACCAAGGGCCCGGAGGGUACAUGCCGCACGGGUCAGGGGGUCUAGCCCCUCGCCUUUUGCCGCCUUCGGAAGCCUUCCACAACCGGCGCACUGCUGCGGUGGCGAGGCGUCUCGCAUGCAUUUAGGGCACAGGCAGGCAGCUGGAAGGCGGCGGAGGCGGUCCCUUGGGCCCCUUUUGAAGCCUUCCACCUACGCCGGAGGUCUGCAGGGCACAGCUGAGAAGCUGGAAGGGAGCGGGGGAGGCCCCUUCGCCCCCUUUUGCGGCCUUCUACCCCCGUCAGACGGUUCCCAAAAGGGUCCGGGGGCGGGGCUACCGGUGCUCCACCCUGCGCUAGGAGGGGGCGCCGUAGCCCUGGGCUUUGGAUCAUAUGUGAUACUGAUACAGGGACGCGCGCCACCCUCCCCCCGGUGGAUGGCCCUCGUCUGGUGGCGCGCGCGCGCUCUUCUCUGCGCUGCUUUUCGCGGAUUCUCGGGGUGGAAAGCGUAAAAACUGGGCGCGGGCGUCCCCUUGCGCCUCUCAGCGGGUGUUCCCUAGCAGCGACCCCCUGGCCCCUGCUGACCCUCGCAGGCUGGAGGGCUGCGGGGAAGAAGGCCGCCGAAGGCGGCCACGGUCUCAAGAAAGAGCAAGCAGGCCGAUCGAUGACAGAGGGCCCCGAGGGGCCAAGCCACACGGCUCAGGCGGUCCAGCCUUGCGCCCUUUGCCGCCUUCGGAGGCCUUCCACACCCGCGGCGAAGCAAAUAGGAGGUCUGUAGGGAACAAGCAGGCAGCUGGAAGGGAACGGCGGCGGUCCUUUGGGCCCCUUUUGAAGCUUUCCACCCCCGGCAGACGCCUUCCAAAGGGGCCCAGGGAUCCACGGCCCCCCCCUAACGCUAGAAGGCGGCCGCUCCCCUGAACCUUGGGGCAUAUACAUUUAUACAUAUAUAAACGCGCGCAACCUACAAGAGGCAGCUAGAGGCUGACCUAAGGGCGAGAGGGGUGCAGCUAAGUAACGCAGAAAACAGGAACCUCUUGGCACAAGUAGCAAGGCAGAAGCCUGAGCCUCUUCGUUCACCAUCAGGAACAACAGGAACAAUCGACAGACCACUAACAACCCAACAACAAGCUAGACUUGCGGGUAGAACUCUUCUGGGAAAUCUUAGGCAGCUCGCCGAAUAGAUUCAAUUCAUCAAACUUGAACUUCUAACGAUUAUAUAUAAAACUAUGAAUAGGCACGGCGCGACGGCCGGAAGCAAGUAAGCUACAACUUUUUUGCUCGACUCCAAGAAAAGAAAUCGCGUCCUGGUUUUCCUCCUCUUUCGGUAUUCUGUUUUCGGUCCUUUGAAGAAGAGAAAGCCUGUGGCAUAACAGCAAGAAGAGCUUAAAAGGAAAGGAGAGAGAACUAGAAGUAAGGCAAGAAAAGGAACUGCUUUUCAUCUCGCAUCGAACCAGGAUGAACGCGAUGGGCGUGUCGCAAUACGGGCAGAUGACGGCUGGAAGUUACAUGUACAUCGGACCACAGGGAAUAGUGCACGGAACGACGAUAACUUUGUUGAAUGCUUCCCGCUUGCUAGCAAAAAAACGAGGAACCGAAAAGCAGAACGCAUCUGGAAAGCCUUGCCCGUUGCUGUUUGUAACCGCUGGCCUUGGCGGGAUGAGCGGUGCGCAGCCAAAAGCCGGAAAUAUCGCGGGCGUGGUGUCGAUCACAGCCGAGAUCGACACCAUCGCUGCAAAAAAACGCCAUCACCAGGGCUGGGUGGACGAAAUCCAGACGGAUUUGCCAACUCUGCUGCGAAAGGUGCGGAAAGCGCAGGACGUAGAUCGGCAGGCGCGGAGUUUUGCGUACAUUGGGAACAUCGUGGAGCUGUGGGAGUUUUUGGUCAAAGAGAAAGUACAGGUUGACCUCGGCUCGGAUCAAAGCUCGUUGCACAUUCCGUUCUCCGGCGGCUACUACCCAGCCGAUAUUCCGUUGGCCGAGUCGCGCCGCUUGCUGCGGGAAGAACCGGACCGGUUCAAAUCGCUCGUGGAGGCCACGCUGCGUCGCCACGCAGCGGCUGUCAACCUGAUGACGACGGAACGCGGCAUGUACUUCUUCGACUACGGAAACGCGUUUUUACUGCAGUGCGGUCGUGCAGGCGCAGAUAUCUUCGAUAAAGCAGAUCCAACGCGCUACCGAUACGCCUCUUACGUUGAGGACAUCAUGGGUCCGAUCUGCUUCGACUUCGGCUUCGGGCCGUUUCGGUGGGUAUGCUGUAGCGGGGAUCCGGCGGAUCUGCAGCGCACGGACGAGAUCGCCUGCCAAGUCCUAGAGCAAGUCGCAAAGGAAUCACCGGUAUCCACCAUUAGGAUUACCGGUUUUUUACUUUUUCUGCACCUUUGAAGGUUAAUAUCCUCGUUCUGGCUAUUUAUUGACUGCCCAGCAUGAACGUUUUUGUCGACGCAUAUUCUCAUCCGCGCACACAGCCGCACUCAAAUCAUGACACUAAAAAACAGAAAUAUCUUUUCAACAGCCCGAGAUUCAGCAGCAGCUAAGGGACAAUAUCACGUGGAUCAAGGGUGCGCGCGCAAACAAGCUCGUCGUAGGUUCACAGGCGCGCAUUCUGUAUGCCGAUGCGGAAGGGCGCAGCAGGAUAGCUGCCGAAUUCAAUCGGCAAAUUGCGAGUGGAGACCUGAAAGCACCCGUGGUGCUCGGUCGGGACCACCACGACGUGAGUGGGACCGACAGUCCCUAUCGGGAGACGAGCAAUAUCUACGAUGGCAGCAGCUUUUGCGCAGACAUGGCUGUGCAGAAUUUCUGCGGGGACGCGUUCCGUGGUGCUACGUGGGUGUCUCUGCACAACGGGGGCGGAGUCGGCUGGGGUGAAGUGGUCAAUGGCGGCUUCGGCAUGCUCUUGGAUGGCUCGCCCGCGGCGGACACACGACUUAAGCGCAUGCUCCACUGGGACGUCUACAACGGCAUCACCCGUCGUUCAUGGGCACGAAAUCCUAAUGCCAAAUUCGCGAUCAAUCGGGAGAUGGCUGCAAACCCUGAGUUCAGAGUGACCACACCACACGAAGUCCAGGACUCAAAGCUUCUGAAGUCCCUAUUCCCCGACGCGAAUCUAUAA